CUUGGUCGAAACACUCGCCGGGAAUGUCGCUUCGAGGAGCAGGUCCAAACGCCGCGACGCCGGUUGUUCCCAAAGUGCAGCUGCAAGUGCAUUUCUGGAUAACGUAUUAAACAGGGGUUGGUGGAAUUUGGAGUUGGAGAAGGAAUCUCGCGAAGAAGCGCUUGACUUGAAGUAAAGUGAAAAAAAAGUGGCAGAUCAAGCGUUCAAAUCCAGCAUAAUGCGGUAAACGACGAAGACGACGAUGCCGGGUCGAUAUUUUGGAUGUGCAGCCGUCGUCGUCGUCCCCGGUUGAUGUUGCUGUUUUUGUCCAGACUCCAUCAGCAGACUGAGACGAGUCUGUAGGGAUGCCCGAAAUCCGUCGCGAGUUUCCACCACCUCAAGAAACAAGUUUAAUGAGGAAAAGCGAGAUGAGUUGAACCCCAACCGGUCUUGGGAUAACAUUCCACCGAGAUCUGCCUCGCGCAGUAAUUAAAGUUUGUGGUGUAGUUCAAGUGGCCCGCAGCGGAAGUGCUCUUAACUAGAUUAUGUCGGAUGAGUGGGUUUCCGAAGUGUGUAGUGCAAAACGGCUUUCCAGAAUGUUGCUGCAAACCAAUUAAACGUGAAACUUUCAGUGAAAAGUGACAAAAAGUGCACGAUUUCAAGGGGGUGAAGAUGUGCAACCCUGAAUCGGUGAACAUUGCAGUCAAAGUGCCACAUACCAUACAAUAUUCACGGGACGAAAGAAGACUGGACUGCCGAAAUCGUUGACGACCUUUUAAAGAUAAACUAUUGUGAUACAAAAACAUAAAAAAUAGUUAGAAUACUUGGAAUUUGACCCCGCGUACACCCCGGCCCAUGUACAUGGUGGUCAGUCUGUACCUGGUGGUGUGGUUCUACGUCGAAUGGAGGCUCUCGAUGAAGCUGCUGGAGACGCUGCUUGACCGGGCCCGCAAGAUGCGGAAGUUGACCGUGCUGCUCGCGUUCUGCUGGGUGCUGCUGGUGUCCCAGAUACUGGCCAUCUCGAGCCUCUACAACGAUGGAUUGCAGGACAUUCCGGGUACGCCGUCGAUGAUCACCCUGGUCGAUUACCAGACCAGUGAGAUGAACAUCGAGUCUAAGCUCGAGGAGAACAUCGAAGCGACGCUGAAGAACAUCACCCACCAGUUGGGAGAACCUGCCGCCGCGGCAGAUGAAGUCACGGUUGAACCGGACGAGAAGCAAGCGGAAGUAGCGGACGUUCCCGCGCAACCUAGCGAGCAACCGACCCUGCUGGAUGACAAAAUUAACGACUCUGGAGGAGGAUCCGCGGAGGACCGCGUGGUAGAGGAUGUCCAGAACAUCACGACGAAGGAGUCCAACCUGACGGAGGAGAAUCCGAUGCCGGUGUUCUCGGAAUGGGCCCAGAAGCAGAUGGCCGAGGCGGAGAAGAAGCUGGGCGAGCAUGUGAACGCCUCGGAAAAGAAGCGCAGCGCGAAACCUCCCGGUCACAAGAUGCCGCCGCUGAAGCUACGGGCGAAGAAUUACGCCGCGCCAGACUGCGGGGCGAAGAUCAUCGCCUCGAACCCGGAAGCGCAGAGUACGGGCUCGGUGUUGACGUCCCACAAGGACGAGUACCUGCUGAACCCGUGUACGAGCAAGAUUUGGUUCGUGGUGGAGCUGUGUGAACCCGUGCAGGCGGAACGGGUCGAGUUGGCGAACUUUGAGCUGUUUUCAUCGUCGCCGAAGGACUUUUCCGUGGCGGUGAGCAAUCGGUUUCCGACCAGGGACUGGUCCAACGUGGGUAAGUUUACCGCGAAGGACGAACGGGACGUGCAGAACUUUAACCUGCAUCCGCACCUGUUUGGGAAGUUUGUACGGGUUGAGAUCCACUCACACUACAACUCUGAACACUACUGUCCAGUGUCGUUGUUUCGGGUGUACGGAACGUCGGAGUUUGAGGCGUUCGAGACGGACAAUACGCCGUCGUUGGGGGACGAAGGGGACGACGAUGAGGAACUGCUGGUGACGGGAGGUUCCACGGGGAAGCAUGUGGAUGGGGUUGAUGGGAACGAUCGUAACAUCCUGAAGUCUGCUUCGGAUGCUGUGAUGAACAUUGUCAAGAAGGCAGCGAAAGUUCUGGGCAAGACUAAUGAAAAUAACAGUUUAAGUAAUGAUACGGAGCCUAGUGGAGGUGACCAGAACGAAACCGAUACGGAACUGAGUGUCGUCCUCCACGGACUGUCACAACCGCAGUGUCGCGUGCACUGUUUCACACUCCCCUACCAGCCGCGAUGCGUGUCCUGUUCCCCGGAACUGCGCGAUCGCGUCGAGCAGACCAUGAGCUGCAAACACAACCUCUUAACUAGUCUACUCGCCAUCGACCUAAUCAGUGCGUCGUUCGACGAAUCUCAGCAUUUGCUAUGUGCCAACAUUCUUGGGUUCUGCCUGGACGAAUCCGCCCAGCAGUCAAGCCAGAACAUCAACCGAAGCGUGAUCAACCUGCUGCCCGCCGACACCAUCGCGGCGUUCUGCAACAUCCGAGCGUACGAGAAGGGCCUGCUAAAAACCGUAGUCACCGAGAAGCCACCGAGUGCGCCAACAACGGCGGAACAAACGACCUCAACCGUGACCACGGAGUCCCCAACGAAAGUGGUUCAAGAAGAGCCAACGCUCACCACGAUCCCCGCCGCGAAACCUGCAACUAAAGACGAACCAACGACGUCGCGUCCAGCGACCUCCUCCGAAACAGACCCGGAGACACCCCAGAAAGACAACGUAAACAUCUUCAACGUUCCCGAGGAAGCACCUCCGCUGGAACCGCCCCCAUCCGCGGGAAGUGAGCAGCGCCUUGAAGAACCCUUGAUCGUGCCACCUCCUUCGGACGUCGCUCCUGAUGACGAUGUGCAUUCAAGCCAGGAAGAUCUGGACGACAGCUUGCUGUUAGAUCAUCAUGACGGUGGCAUUCCGAUGAUCACCACGACUACGACGCCAACGCCGGGAUCUCCAGCAGCUGGUCAGAAGGUUCAACCGGAGAGUGUGUUUCUGCGACUUUCCAAUCGCAUUAAGGCCCUGGAGCGCAACAUGAGUCUGUCCGGGCAGUACCUCGAGGAGCUUAGCCGUCGCUACCGCAAACAGGUCGAGGAGCUGCAGCAGUCGCACGCGAAAACGCUGCACGAGAUCGAGGAGCAGACUCGGCGGAUGCACGAGAGUGAGGCCACGCUGCGCGAGGAGAACGAACGGCUGCGGGCAGAGUUUGUUGGCUUUCGCGACAGCAUUCUCAGCUGGAAGAACAUCACGAUCGGGCUGGUGGGCUUCGCGGUGGUGAACAUCGUGAUGGUGUGUGCGCUGGUGCGGAGUUGUGGUGGUGGGGGAAGUGGAGCGAGGGGGGAAUCCGAACGUGACUCGAUCGAUCGGGAGUUGGCGCAGGUCAGUGCGAGUGGGAAGCCGAUUCGGGAGCGAUUGUUGAGGAGAAAGUCGAUCGAUGGAGUUAUUGGAGGCUCGGUGCAGUCGGUCGCGGGUGGAACGCUGCGGAAGAAACGACCCAGUGAAGAGGCGUUGAACAUUAGUGGGACGUACGAGAAUUUGUUGAUCGACGAUGGGGGAGGAGACAGCGCCAAGGUCGAGCGAAAAAAGGGUAGAAAUAAGCAUCGAAAGGUUUCAGCACCGGCGAUGACGCAGUCUCAGUUACCGCAGGUGAACGGGAAAUCCAAACGAGCCGCGUCGGUUGAACCUCCCGCGGUCAAAGCGGUGACCAAGACCGAGUUGAUGCGAACCGAGUCUGCGCCGGAACCGCGUAAGCCAUCGCCCGAGGCGGUCACCAGCUUAGACGAUACCAACCGUAUCGACGAGAUCCCAUUCCUCGAAGACAACGAUGAGUUCAUCAUUCCAACGGCUUCUGAUCUCUCCUACAACGAGUUUGUGCCCGACUCGACCUCUGAGGCCAACAAAACCGGCAACGGGAUGCUUUCCUCCACCUCGUCGAUAGACUCCAAGUCGACAAAAUCCGGCAAGGGCCGACGACUCUCCUCGCCGGCCUUCUUCAAGUCAUCCCUGCUGCGGUCCAGCCGCAAAUCCUCGGGCAAAAAGUCCACACCCAGCCAAAAUGUAAGCAGUGCCAGUAGUAACACGAGUAGUAACGCAGGAAGUAGUAAUGUUCGAAUUAGCAUUAACGUUCACAGCCCUAGUGCCAGAGCCAUCGCCGUCGAAGACGACGCCGACAGUUGCCAGGUGGACGGAUCCACCACCACCAACAACAACAACUCCAGCAACGGCUGGGAGUGGUACAAGCUGAAAAAGUCCUCUAGUCAAGACAAGUUCACCAAACGCAAAUCCAAAUCGGAAAGCCCGGACGCGGACGUGGUGGGCAACGGGUCGGCGCUCAAAUCGUCGCUGUCCUUUAACGGCGGCUCGGACAGCAAGAGUGCCAACGGGGGCAGCUUCCGGCGGCUGUUCCGGAAGGUUUUCUAGUUUUGCUGCUGCUGCGGGCCGCCGCAGGUCCGCGAGGACGACUGUGGCGGGGGUGGUUCCUUAAUAGACUGACUGACUGAGAGAGACCGAUAAGAAGGUGGGUGGAGCUUUAAAAGCGCAUGAAUGAAGGACGCGUGCGUGUGCGUGCGUACUCUAAACAACUACACACAACAUACACACAACACUGCUGCAGUAACUAAAAGAAAAUAGUAAUUGUUCGUUUAUUUUUUAAUUGUACAUGUAGGGCAAAGUAUAUCUUGAAAUAUAUCUAACUAAAUUAUUCGUGGAUCGGCGUUGUGCAUCGAUAAAUCGUUUUUUUGUCAUUAUCAGUGUAUGUGUCGCAAUGAAGGUUCUUUGUUUCGUGAUUGUUUGUCAAUUUGCUGUUGAAAUUCAUAUGUUUCGGUAAUAAAGUUCACAUUUAAGCCAUGAAAGCGUUUUCAAAAUUUGAGACUUUUAUUUACAACCACAAAUAACAAAAUUUUCAAGUGCUCAACCAGACUUCUUGAACAAUAUUUUAACCUAGUCUAUUUUAUUUAUCUCUUUUUGAUGUUUUUACUAAAGACAUAACCAAAUUAAAAAAAAAUGAUUUUUAUUUGGCUGAAACUUCUUGGAUGGGUUCUUUGCUGACUUAUUAAGAAGUAAUGUGGCCUUAUUGUUGCGUCAGUCUUUGAAGUGUUUUGUAGUUUUUGAGAGAAAGCAUUUUUACUUCUUUUAGUUUUGAUAAUUUCAAUUACAUUUUAAUAUUUUUCAGCUUGAUACAAUUAUCCUAAAAAUAGCAUAAAAAUUAAUAAAACUAGACAGAAAAAUACAUUGAGAUUUUUAGAAUUUCGUCGAUUACGUUCGCGAUACAUUCUCCUAACCUCCUACGAGGAAUUAGAAAAUAACAAACCUAAGACUUGUUCAAAACUAUGAUCUACACACAACACAACAUACACACGUAGAAAGUUCUAAACUAAAAAAUAAACAAAAAACGCUUGAAGCGUUUAAAAAAAUCAUGUUGAGCUAACCCAAAAAAAAAAAUCUUAGAAAAAAAAAAACGAACGAUAUUUUAACAAAAUAUAAAACAAAACAAAAUACCCAUCAUGCCUGCUUGCGAAGAAGGAGGAUAGCCUAACCCUUAGCUCUGUUAAUAUGUUUACGUUUAGUCAUAACUAUUGAUCGUACGUGUUUGAAAAGCUUGACGCUUUGUGUGUAAAUAUGUGGAAAAAAGUACGAGUACGAAACGUAAUAAAACACACACAAUAUGAUGUGCUCUGUAUUAAACAUAAAAGGUA